AGCGGCUGGAUCAAACGGGAUCCUCACGCGCUGCUUUUAUCAUGACCAAAUAAAGAAAUGAAAAAUAAAGAAAUAAUCCAUAUUCGAAGUCUUCAGUAGGAGAAAGUAUCUGUAGACUCGGAACCUUAAGAUGCUCUUCGGGGGGCUGAUAGGAAGGGAGUUUGGUGCCUUUUAUUUAUUUUCAAGCGAAUAUUUUUCACGUUUUUGAUUUCUUUUUUUUUUUUCGACAGGACGUGACGACUCCACAAUGAUGGGGUUGAUGCUCAAGCUGCGCGGCUGCAUGAAGCCCAAUGUUUACUCCCAGGUUCCGGAAGGAGGUUGGGGAUGGGUCGUGGCCGUAGCCUUCUUUUUGGUGGAGGUUUUCACCUUCGGCAUCAUCAAGAUCUUCUGCAUCUUUCUGCAGGAUCUCACCAACCAUUUCGAAGAGUCAAACAGCCGCGUGUCUUGGAUCGUCUCCAUCUGCGUGUUCGUCAUGUCCUUCUUAGCUCCUCUAUCCUCGGUGCUCUGUAACCGGUUCGGAUUCCGGCCGGUCGUGAUGGUUGGUGGUUUCCUGCUCAGUUUGGGUACCAUCACCACCGCCUUCGCCACAUCCGUUUCUCAGAUGUACAUCACCACAGGCCUUAUUUCAGGCUUUGGGUGCUGCCUGUCUUUCCUGCCCACCAUCACCAUCCUCUCUCAGUACUUCGACAAGCGCAGGUCACUCGUCACCUCCAUCGCCUCCACCGGAGAGUGUUUCUCGCUUUUCGCCCUCGCUCCAGCCUUCAGCGCUUUGAAAGACCAUGUCGGCUGGCGGAACUGCAUGAUUGUCAUUGGGCUCCUACAGUCGAUUGUGAUCGGCUGUGGAGCCCUGCUCAGUCCAAUCAUCAUCCUGCCCAAAUGUGCCAAGCAAGAAGAGGAAGAAGAAGGUUCUCGGACCCCCCUUAAGAAAAUCGCCGAGGACAAAUACGAGAAGGAGAACGAGUUGACACACACGUCCCUGAGCUCCGUGGAUUCUGGGGUUCAGUCCAUCUCCUCGCUGGAGCAGAACACGGCCCAGUCCGGAAUCUCAAAAACGGCAGAAAAAAGAGAAGAUUAUGACCGGGAACUGGCAUACAUUCCUCUGAAACAAGAGACGAUAAAAGGAAAAAGUCUCGACUUGUCACCUCUGAAAGAAGCCAGCUUUAUUUGUUACUCCCUCUUCGGGCUCUUCGCCACGCUGGGUUUCUUUGCGCCGCAGCUCUACUUGAUCGAGCUAAGUGUGAUGUGCGGCGUGCAGCGCAGCCAGGCCACCUACAUGCUCUCCAUCAUGGCUGCGGCAGAGGUGUUUGGCCGCCUGUCAAUCGGGUCACUGAUGACCCGCAAGCCCAUUCGCAAAAUCUACAUCCUGCUGAUCUGCACGGUACUACUGAGCCUGGUGCUCGCCAUCUUCCCUGCUGCCUCAUCGCAGUUCUGGACACUCGCUUUCUGCGCCGCCAUAUGCGGCUUCCUGUUCGGGAUGGUCGCCUCCACUCACAUCCCCAUGCUGGCCGAGGCCGACGUUCUAGGCGUGGAGAGGAUGGCGAUGGGUGCCGGAAUUUACAUCUUCAUCCAGAGCUUUGCCGGCCUUGCCGGUCCUCCACUCGCAGGCGUGUUUGUGGACAUGACGACGGAUUACGGCUAUGCCUUUUACUUCAGCUCGGCCGGGGUGUGUGUUGGCGCUUUAUUCCUCUCGCUGGUGCGACCGGCUAAAACCGGCUGGAAAUGCUGCAAGAAGGACAGGAAGUGUGUGAAACAGGAACAGCAAGUUGUUCCAGAUGACUUCCUGGAAGUAGACAUCGUUCUGGAGGGCAGCGAGGAGACAAGGAACACCAACCAAGUCUGAGAUGCAAGCGUACACGAACACGACACGCACAAAACUUAAACGAUCCACCAAAAGACAUACGUUACAGAUGUUUUUUUGUGUGUGUGACCAAAUGAAACCUCAAGCUGGUGAUGCUGCUGUUUCUCAUUUCUUGAUUUUUAUUUUGUAAAUUUAUUUUAUAUUUUUCUUUGUGAAGAUCUCCGUAUGGGUGAGUGACGAGUUACAGAGGUUACCAUUUAGCAUCGUUUUACACACACGAGACACAAAUGAGAGUCGUUUUUGCUUCCCGCUCCAUAACGACGCUAAUUAGAGGGCAAAAUUGCCAACACUUCUUCAAUUGUCAGUGAUGAAAGCGUCAUUGAGUGUUUUAAUAAUGUAAAAAAAAAGUGUCACAGUAGCAGAGAAACAACCAGUAUUUGUCUUUCUUAUAGUGUCACUUGUAUAAAAAUGUCAAAAACUCUGCUCUCAGCAGGCUUCUGAGAGAGUAUGAACUAGAGGUCGACAGAUUUUACCGAUAACCGAUUAAUCGACCGUUAGCACUUUAUUGCAAAAUAAAAAUAAAUUUUAUUGCAAUGCAGUAGUCUUUACGAAGACUUAAAAAAGAUGGCCAUUUUAAGCACGACUGUUUGUAAUUAUGUGAAAUGGUAACGCAUUAAAGUAAGAGUCCAUUUUUAACAUUAACUGAAAUGAAUAAAUGCUUUAAAAGUUUUUUCAUCUAUCGUUUGUUGCAAAAUUUUAAUAAAUGUUUAAUCUGUUAACUUCAGUUAAUGCACCGUGAACUAACAUGAAUGAGGUACAUCGCGCAGUCUGACGUGUCAAAACAAACAGCAUGCGACAUCAGUGAUUCACCACCAGAGGCUGCUAUCGCACUCUAUAAUGACAGCAGACCUUCAGAGCAGACGCAACCAGGAAAAACUAUCGGUAUGAUUUUUGACGAUAGAUGGUGGUUCCUGCAAUCAAUUUUGAUGCUGAUUAAUUGGCAAAACCGGUGAAUCGGUCGACCUCUAGUUGAACCUGAUGCAUGGUAAUGAAUCAAACUCACUGAACUACUAUUUUUUAGGAAAAAAACACUGCAUGACUUUGUUCGCUUCUCAAUUGAUAAAUAAUUCUGACAUUUUGAAAUUUUGUGGCUUUUAUUGUGUUUUCACAACUCUGUGUGUGUUGUGCGCACACAACACCGUAGACAUCAUUGGCAAGCCGCCAUUGAUAGCAGAACUGCCCUCUGAUUAGCAGAUUGUAUCCUGAUACAAUCAAGAGAAUCGUGAGGAAAAAACAAGGUUGGGUUCGUAUCCCAUGGGUUCGUAUGGCCUCUGAGGAGUUGCUUAGUCCAUAUGUAAAACCCAGACCUUCAUCAUUCAUAUGCGACAUCACAUCAUUCAUCGUUCACGUCUGAUAACAUUACAUCUUAUACUGUAGUGAACGGAAAUGCAGGAUGUCUUUCUCUAAGAAGGAAACCUUAAAGGACAGCUAUUUCCUACCUUCUAAGGAACAUCUAAUGAGCCUUAGAAAAUCUGGCGGUCCACAGAUCUGUUGCGAUCGGUGCACAGUACGAUACUUACAAUGGAAACAGUGUGCAUUUUGAAUGCUCUACAAAAUGAUUGUACUUUGUUUUCGUCCACAUCAUCUUUAUCUUACACUCCAGGUAGAUCCAGCGCUACGUCUUCCAUGUUAUCAUAGUUAUGAAAAACAUAAAAGAUAAAGAAUGAAUGUAGCAACUCUCUUUUUUCUUUUUUUGUCCCUUAACGAAUCCUGCUUUACUACAACACAACAAAUCAAAUGAACAACAUUUAAUAUGCUUAUUUAUUUUCAGCCAUUGGUAAAGAUGAUGUUGCGGGCGAGAAACAAUCGGACAUCGAGUGCGGCUGUAAUUAUGUGAUAGCGAUAAUCCCCGCCCUCUAAUGCUGAUGAAAUGUGUCCCUUAAGCUGUAUUAGGGUGUAGGGAUGUUUAGACUUGAACUCUGAUGCGCACACACACAUAAUCUUAAUGACUUGAACAGUGUUGAUUUUCUCGGCCAUCAUUAAAUAAUUUAUUGCACUGUUUGUUUUGCAAUCUUUUUUUAUAUAUAUAUAUAUUACAUCAUAUCAAGUCAGUCUUUGUUAAUGAUUAUUUUUUUUUGUUUUGUUUACAAUAAUGAAACCUGCGUGCAAUGAAACCAAACCCUAUUGUAGUAAUGCUCUGAAAUGCUGCAAAAGAUGGAUUGCAACAAGAUUCAUAUUUACACAGGAAUAAAAAUCUGUUGAUUAUUUUUA